AUGGGCCUCAGCAACCGAAACUCCAGAUAUGGAGGCAUGCUGUGGUUCAUGCGGUCGCAAAGCCAGGGGCUGGAGGGGGCCCGGUUCAAGAACCACAGGAUCUCGUCUCUGCUGUUUGGAGACGAUGUUCUCCCAAUGGGCGUCCCAGAGUCCAGUGCUGUCCAUGUGAAGACAGAAGAGUCCUCACUGCUUCAUCAUGGACAAACUGAGCACAGAGAGGAAACACAGGGAGAGGACCUCAGCACAGAGCCACAUUUACACUCAGAGACUGAGGGACACAUGGAGCACUCCUCUGACACUGACAAUAAUGAAGACUGGAGAGCUCCAUUCAGCUGUUCAGCUGCACAGAUGGAGACAGAGGCUGAUGGAGACCACUGCAACCAAGUCCAGAUCAGAGUCAGAAGCACUGCUUCUGGCUCUGAUCUGGAUGCACCAAACUCAGGUCUGUCCCCCAAAUACAAGUCUGCACCAGAGACCAGUGUCACUGUGAACUAUGGAGACAUGUCAGGAACAGCCCAAGGAGCUGACAAGAAGAAACACCAGUGCUCUGUGUGUAAGAAGAGGUUUGGAACAAAGCAGAAUUUACAAAGACACAUUAGAAUUCACACAGGAGAGAGACCAUUUAGCUGUUUAAUAUGUGAGAAAACAUUUAUUCAAAAAGUCAGUCUAGAACACCAUGUAAAGAUGCACACCGGUGAACGACCUUACAGCUGUUUAACCUGUAAGAAAACAUUUACCCAAAAAUCCAUUCUAGAUACCCAUGUGAAGAUACACACAGGAGAGAAACCAUUCAGCUGUUCAAUAUGUCAGAAAACCUUUACCUAUAAAAACUGUCUAGAUUACCAUGAAAAGACACACACAGGCAAUAAACCAUUCAGCUGUUCAAUCUGUGAGAAGACAUUUUGUGAUAAGAAUGCUCUUGUUCAACAUCUGAGAACACACACAGGAGAAAAACCUUACAACUGUUCAACCUGUGAGAAGACAUUUGCCAUAAAGGGUAAUCUAGAUAAACAUAAAAAAAUACACACAGGAGAUAAACCUUACAGCUGUUCAACAUGUGAGAAAACAUUUACCAUGAAGAGGCAUCUUGAUACACAUAUGAGUGUACACACAGGAGAGAGACCAUUCAGCUGUUCAACAUGUGAGAAGACAUUUUCUGAAAAGUGUUCUCUUGUUCAACAUCUGAGAACACACACAGGAGAAAGACCUUACAGCUGUUCAACCUGUGAGAGGACUUUUGCCAUAAAGGGUAGUCUAGAGCAACAUAAGAAAAUACACACUGCUGAGAGACCUUACAGUUGUUCCAUUUACUGGCGUUACGGGGGCACCAUCCUGAAGCCAGGCCUGGAGUGGGUGCUCGCCAAUGAGUGCCUGGUGCCUUUCUCCACGGGGCACAGUCGGGCUCAGCCCAAAGGAGCGGUGUGGGGUCGUCCUCUGUGGACCCACCGCUUGUGA